GCCGCCCGGUGGACGCGGCGGGAGAGGCGAGGCGAGCGUCGCUUUGGCAGCCGGUUUGGCGGCCCCCUCCAGAUGUUUCCUUAAAGCCCGCGGAGCCCAGGGUGGGAUAGGCCGGGCGGAGAGGGAGGGAGGGGAGGAGGUUUGCGAGCGCAAAGGCUGGCGAAGUUUGUCCCGGCGCUGCCUCUUUCGUCGCCCGAGGCUGGUGGGAGGCUGCGAUGAAUGGUUUCAGCACUGAGGAAGACAGCCGGGAUGGUCCUCCCACCACCCCUUUUUACGGACAAAGUUGUUGCCUCAUCGACGACGGGGAUCGUUGUGUCCGCCCGGCUGGUAAUGCCUCCUUCAGCAAGAGGAUCCAGAAGAGCAUCUCUCAGAAAAAGCUGAAACUGGAUAUUGACAAAAGUGUAAGACACUUAUAUAUAUGUGAUUUCCACAAGAACUUCAUUCAAAGUGUUCGAAAUAAAAGGAAAAGGAAAACCAGUGAUGAUGGGGGCGACUCUCCAGAGCAUGAGAUAGAUGUUCCAGAGGUUGACUUGUUUCAGCUUCAAGUAAACACAUUGCGCCGUUACAAAAGACAUUACAAAUUACAAACCAGACCUGGUCUCAAUAAAGCUCAGUUGGCAGAAACUGUCAGUCGUCACUUCAGGAACAUCCCAGUGAAUGAAAAAGAAACUCUUGCUUACUUUAUCUACAUGGUAAAAAGCAACAAGAGCAGAUUGGAUCAGAAAGCAGAAAGCAGUAAACUGGAAUGAAGGUUAGGUAGUCUCUGGACUCAAACAAGUGUAAUAUUAAAAAAAAGCAUCAGGUGCAUUAUAAAUAUUUUUUAAAAAAUUAAGAUUUUUUGUGUAAAUUACAGUGUACACUAGAAAACAAAGCAAAUGUUGGUCCCAAUAUUAUAAUACUUAAUUUCAGAAUGUGUGUGAAAACCUCUGCAGUUUCAGAGCAUAGUCUUUAACUCAAAGGAAAGAUCACAAGAAACCCAAGAUGCCAAAAGCAGUGGCUGUCUAAGAAAUUGACUUUAGUCACUGAUUGUAACAUAAACCAUGCAUGAGUUUGGCAUUCUUGAAGAGGGUCAUAUCAUACUCACAUAGUACAUAAAGGCACAGAGCAGCCAAAGCUUCUGAAUUCUGAUUUAAAACUCUAGUCUGUACUUACCGCUUGUAUACCAGAUAAAAUUACUUGUUUUGAGACUAAAUAUCUCAAUUUUCAUGGGUGCUAAAGAUCUCUAAUCCUAGCUUUUUUGCAUACAUGUAUUGAUCUUGAUGGUGUAACAUUGAAAUUGGCCAGCAUUACUCAUUUAUUCAUAUUUAUUAGAAUCUCUUUCAUGAAUUCACAAAUUCUAAUUUGUUAAAUAUUUCUGUUUUUCAAACAAGCUAUUGAACAGAGAGCUGUUACCAUAGAUUCAUGCUAUUUGCUGAUCUUUUAAGGUUGGAUAUAUACAUUUUGAUGCAAAAAUAAUUUUAAGUUGCUGUGAGCUCUCUAUAUGUAGUUGGAAUCUCCACCUGGUCCUGAUGAGGCUGUAAAGCAAACACUUUACAUUAAUAAUCUGUUUGAUCCUUUGCAACUUGAAUGCACACAACAUAGAUAGGGCUGUGGUGUCAGAAUACAUAUAUUAGAAUUAGAGUUGGCAAUGGCUUCAGUUUAUCCUUAUUUUUGGUAGUGAGAACAAAUGCCAUGCCAUGCCAUGUCAUGCCAUGCCAUUUAUUUGUUCUAGAUAUCAUGUUUUAAAAUGCAGAGUAAUUGUACAAAGUUCUCAUCAUCUAUGCCUACAGUCUAGAACCUGAUAUCCAGUGCACACACAUACAGCUUGCUCCCUAUUUACUUAUGUGGGGAAGGUAGCAUUAUGGUCUAAAUGGUGCUUCCUAUAAAUCCUAAUCUGCUAGGAGUUUAACAUCUUUUUGUUCUCUUACUCUCACAUUUUGUAGUCUCCAAAAGCAUAAAUACAUUUUAAAAUGUCCUACAGACUGCAUUAUAUAGAUAGUGAGCUUUCUGGAUUAGUCCCAUGUUAUUUAGCUGUGGUCUAAAGUAAGGCAUUACUCAAAUGAUAGAAUUUCUACACUACAUCUGCAGUUUUCAUAUUAUAUUUAGAAUGUCGAAUUAAGGAUCCCUUAGUUCUUUCCUGCAGUCCUAAACACCAUUAAAAUCAAUUUCUCUUUUUAUCCAAAUAAGAGGUAAGAUGCCAAGAGGCAGACAUUUGGUAGGUUUUUCUCCAAAAUUUAGUGAUACUUUGGUAAGUAACAUAGAGACAAAUUUUGUUUAAUUCAGUAUUACAUUUUGUUGUUGUUCUGAAAAAACUAUGCAAAACCUAAAACACAUGUCUCAACAAAUGCAAAGUUCAUUUAUAUAGUCAUUUAGUAUUUUUGUUGCGAAUAAAUGUAUGCAAUAACAUGGAUCACCAAUUAAUGUUAUUCCAAUUAACUGAAUGCUACUUUAAGAGUAGAUAUUUUCAAGCAGUUUCAUCAUAGGAUAUGUACAUUUAAUGCAUACUUUAAAUUUAAAAACACAUAUGGAUAUAUAAGUGAAAACAACUGAAAUACUUCAGAUUGCUACUUUACAUUUUAAAGUUCACCAAGUAAUCCCACUGCUUCCUUCACUGAAAGGCUAAGCUAAACUAGAAAUUAAAUAUACUAAAUAAUCUUUAUAACUGAAAGCUUAAGGAAAUUGUAUUUGAAUAUUUGUAACUUCAGAAUAUUUACAUUAGAAAUGCGUGACCAUGACAUAAUUUCCAUAAAGAGACUGGCACCCUAUGACUCCCUUCUAGAUCAAAAUGUAAACCUUUUAGUUUUAUAUUGUUAGGGCUUAUAGUGCAAAUAGCUUAAAGUUUCAGCAACUAAAUGACUCUACAGAGAAUUGCAAUGACUAUCUGUUCACGGCGAGCUGUCUGUUCAAGAGUUGCUUUGGAGAUCGGAUUAAGUAAAGUGUUUUCCUAAAUUGAAUAAAAAUGUUUGCUGUCAUACUUUAUAUAAACAAAAUAUUUUAUGAGGAAAUUGAGGAAUCUUGUAAGAUGUGAAGAGUAGCUGAUGUUAGAAUCCUUGAGUCAUGUCUUUUAAAGAUAUUUGUAUUUGCCUUACUCUCAGCUAGACCAAGUAUUGUACAAAUGUCUUGGCAUAAGGAAGGGCCAUUUUUCGUGACAUUUUGUGCUAGAGGCUAAUUUU